AUGAUGGAGCCCACGGCCGGGGAGCCCAUGAAGCUAGAAGAAGACCCAGCCUCGCAACAGUAUGAGCUGAAGCUUUACGACCAGCGGUGCGAGGCGGGAGUCGUACAGCAUUGCAACCUCUGCCGCAACAUCACCCGCAGACGAUUUCCGUACACAUUAAACGCAGAAAACAGUCUUUUCCAGGCCUCAGCUCGAGAAUGCAGCGUGUGCGCUGCUGUAUGCGACAGCUUGGCAGGGAUCCGUUCAAGCUUGCAGCUGCAGUGGAACUCGCUGAACUUCCGCUUCAAUGCCUGCAGCAAAACACCGAGAUUCUUUGCUUCACAGGUGACACUCAAUGACACAUAUCGAUGUGCUCAGUUUCAGAUCUUUACUGAGCUCAGUCAGCCAGGCCCUGAGCCCAUCAUCGGCGCCGCAAGGAGCAUUGCGGCCGAGUCCAAUUCAAGCCAAUGCUUUGAUCUCAUACGGCAUUGGAUCUCAGAGUGUGCUCAGCACUCAGCGUGUGCUCCCCCAUCCUCCUCCUCCAGACUGCCGACCCGCCUUCUCGACCUGCGGGCUGGUGAGCAUGGCCAUGUUAAGUUGUACGAGACACACGGAGGAGAGGCAGAUUUGUACGUCGCCCUGAGUCAUUGCUGGGGCCCCAAAGGCCUUCCAGCUGCAGCUAAGACAAUAAACGCGACCAAGGACGACCGCAUGCAAGGAAUUCGAAUCGAAGCCUUACCCAAGUCUUUCCGAGACGCUAUCGCUAUCUGCCAUGAGCUCGGAAUACGGUACCUGUGGAUUGACUCACUGUGCAUCAUCCAACAGGACAAGGAUGACUGGGAGAAGGAGUGCUCCCGCAUGAGAGAUGUUUACAGAAACUCAUACUUGACGAUAUCCGUGGCUCACUCCCGUGACAGUUCCGAAGGGUGUUUCUCAACACGUCCCAGUAAGUAUCUGUCCACAAAGGUCGGCUCCAUCAGCCACCAGGGCCAGGCCUACGAUAUCAUGGCAAGGGAGAGCAUCAUGCACUACGAAAUAGCGGGAUCGGACAGUAAAAAUUCGGAUUUCCCUCUCUUUUCACGGGCAUGGACGUUUCAAGAGCGGCUGCUCUCUCAGCGCGUGGUCCACUACGGCGAGACAGAGCUGAUCUGGGAGUGCAAUACCUUGUGCGACUGCGAGUGCGCUGCUUCUCGGGAGUUUCUGGCCCCUUGGGACUGGGAGAAGAGCCCCAAAGUCAGGUUUGCCAACAUGAUGAACCAACCAAGACAUGGGCCAGAAUUUCGCCGUGACUGGGCCGCCCUGAUGCGGCGUUUCUCCCUCAUGCAGCUCAGUUUCGACGCCGAUCGCCUUCCAUCCCUCUCUGGCCUUGCCCAGAAUCUAGAGUGCAGCGACACGGGGAGAUACCUUGCUGGCCUGUGGGAGAGGGAGCUGCCCUGGAUGGUAGGGUGGAUGAGCAUGGGCAAAGACGCGUGCCGCCCAUCCUCAACCCCAAAGCCCCCAAGGUGGUCUUGGACCUCGGUCGAGAACAUUUGGGUUUCCUGGAACUACACCGCUGAUCUGAGCAGCCACGGCGAAUGGAUCACUGUGUGGCCAAAUGGUAGGGACCUGGCAGAGCACAACGAUGCAUUCAGGAUAGUCCGAUGUACAGUCAAGAGCAAGGGCUAUACCCCUCUCGGAGAACAUGACGCGUUUGGGCGAGUCUCCUCUGGCACACUUAUCAUCUCCGGACAACUCGUCUCUGCGGUACUGAGGGAUGACUUCUUUUGCGAGCGGAACACGAUCAAGCAACGUUUGAGCCCGGAUGUGCGAGGGGAACCAGGUCUCUAUAUCGCAAGACGACCGGUCUACUGCCUCAUGAUCGGCGCCAUGAGCACCGAGAGCUCCAAGUAUCCCGGCUUGGUCACUGUUUUCUCCCUGAUUCUGAGACUUCGAGAAGGGGACGUUGAGAGGAGACGUACCUAUGAGCGGAUUGGACUCAUGAGCCAGAACAAUCACUUUUCUUGGAAGGAGACGCCUGCCUGGUGGGAGGAUGCUGAGAGCGCUGUGGUGGAGAUUACCUAG